AUGCCGAUCGCGCUGGAGAGAGGAGGGAGCGGCAGGAGCGAUGGGGAGGGCAUCAUCCGGAGGAGCGGCUGCGGCGCUGGCGGCGACUCCCCGGCGGGGAGAUCGGCGGUGAUGGCGCUUCGGAUUGGCCUGGUGAUGCCUGCGACAGGGAUGGAGAAGGAGGAGGAGGCAAACUCUUGCAGUUCGUCGAUCGGGAGGAACAGCGACUGCUCCGGUGGAUCGGCGGGGCUGGAUGAGGAGGAAUCGGGGGAGGCGGAGGUGGAGAGCGCGCCGCAAGGUCCCCUGGACACGACAGAAGCUCUGGAGGAAGCCCUUCCCAUGAGGUGCCGGCUCUCUCUCUGUUUCUCUCUCGCUCUGUUGCAUUUUGCUGCGAGUGCUCCGUGUGAUCUCCUGUUUGAUCGUUCUUUGUUAAGAAUUUCCGAGUGCUGUUCGGCAUCUGGCAGUUUCCGUGAAAAUCUGUCCCUGCCCCCUCAAAUGCCUGUAUGUCGAAUCCUCAGUCCUGGCUGGAGAUCAUUAAUUAGGGGAAGAAAAUCCCGGAUCACUCGUCGGUCUCGCUGUGGGCGGAGAAGAACCUUUCGAGAUGCAAAUCGGUGCUAGAUCGAGUACCUCUCGUGUCGUCGUCGUCGUUCAUCUCAGGUUUCUGAGGCAUUUUCUCGGCGAUCCGUGGUUCCAGAGUCCUGUUUCUCGAUCCCGAUGCCGUCGAUUCAUGGCAGCGAAGACAUUCUUGACGCUCCCCCGUUCUGGCCUUGCAGGCGCGGCAUGUCCAAGUUCUACGCGGGGAAAUCCAGAUCAUUCACCAGCCUCGCGGAGGUCUCCUCCUCGUCCUCCACCAAGGAUCUGGCGAAGCCGCAGAACGCCUACACACGCAAGCGCAAGAACCUCCUGGCCUUCAGCAUCAACUGGGACCGCCAUCACAACAGCGCCCCCCUGGCGAGCACUCGCGGGAGCACCCCCAAGAGGCCGGCCAACUCCAGCCGCAGCGGCGGCGACACGGAGGUCCCGGCGCCGCCGCCGCUCCGACCGCCGCCCCAUCCGAAUGCCGAACCCCGGCUCCCUCCCCGCGGCGGUUCCCCCCCACCAAGGUGCCAUUUCUCCGUCAGAUCCUUAUCCUUGACAGAUCUGCAGUCCGCGGCAGAUCCGUCCAUCAUCCCCACAGGCAAACACAUGGGAUUCGACUAG